AUGUCACAUGAGUUACAAUCAAAAAAUAGAAGUGUUUAUAAUCUCCGUUUUUUUAGAAUUGUUUUUCCUCUCUGGAAGGGAACAAGUGCAACACUGCCAACUACCAUGAAAUACGCCCUUAUAAUAGAUGCUGGAUCAUCUGGGUCUCGGGCAUUGGUAUACCAGUAUACCAAUGAUUCAACAACUGUAUUACCUCAAAUUCAACAAAUUUCAAAUACCAAAACCAAACCUGGAUUAUCAACAUAUGGAUAUUUGAAGAAAGGAAGCUAUGAUUUAUGGGGAGACCAUUUUGCAACACUAAUUGAAACAGCAAAAGGAAUAAUACCCGCCAAUUUACAUUCCAUCACACCGGUAUUUGUUCAAGCAACCGCAGGAAUGAGGUUACUACCAUCAAAAUCCAGAGACAGAAUUUUAAAACAGGUAUGUGACGUUAUUUCCAAGGAGAGUGAAUUUGUAGUAUUGCCAUGCGAGGAGCACAUAGAAGUUAUUGAUGGCGAUACAGAAGGACUUUACGGAUGGCUUGCGUUGAACUACCUCAGUGGUAAACUAGAAGAUGUAAAUUCAAUACCAUAUGGGUUUAUGGAUAUGGGUGGUGCAUCAACCCAAUUGGCUUUUGUACCUAGUGACAAAGAACAGGUAAACAAACAUGGAGAUGAUAUGUACACUGUUAGGUUGAGGCAAAAUGAUGGAUCGCUUCAUGAAUGGCCGGUUUUCGUUUCAAGUUGGCUGGGGUUUGGUGCAAAUGAGGCUAGAAGGAGACAGCUCGAUGCGUUAAUCAAUGCGUUACCUCCAAAUAUAAAUUACGAUAAAAAUGGCGAUGGUAAGGGCGAUUUGACUGACCCUUGCUCACCCGUAGGAAUGCAAACAGAUGUGGAAUAUAAUGGGAAAACUUACACCGUUACAGGAUCAGGCGAGUACGAAGGAUGUUUGAAAACUAUAUAUCCACUAUUGUUGAAACACAUGCCAUGUGCCGAAGAGCCGUGUUUGUUUAAUGGUGUUCAUGGUCCGGCAAUGGACUUUUCCAAAGAGAAAUUUGUUGGAGUUAGUGAAUAUUGGUAUACAGCCCAUGACGUUUUCAAAUUGACCGACGAGUAUAAUUAUGAGAUGUUUGAAAAGGCCACUGAAGAGUUUUGCAAAACACCAUGGGAAACAAUCAAGGCAAAGUUUGAUAACCAUGAGUAUGGCGAGGCUUUAACCUUAGAGCUAUUACAAACAUCAUGUUUUAAGGCAAGUUGGAUAGUCAAUAUUCUUCACGAAGGUUUUGAUAUUCCAAGGUUGGGCGUUGAUGAAUCUAAGAGCAUUGAGGGGAAAGAUGAACCAAUAUUUAAGAGUGUGAACAACAUCCAAGGUAAUGAGCUGUCAUGGACUUUGGGUAAGAUGGUAAUCUAUGCUUCCUCACAAACAGAGGGCGCUGAUGAAGUUGGUGUAUUCCCAGGGCCAACAGUUGCUGAGAAACACGAGAAGGAGAAGACUAGUCAGACUAUUGUUGAGAUAGAUGACAACGUAAAUUCUCCCUUUGUUACCUUUGGGUUGUUUUUGAUGGUGACAUUAGUGCUUUACUAUGGGAUUAUCUACAAGUUUGGGAAUCUUAAGAAUUUUUUUAGAAAAGUUCAGGGGUAUCGCAAACCGCAAUUCUUACAAGAAGCAUACGACUUAGAAGAAGGGCGUAGUUUAUCACAUUCACAGAAGAGCAAAGAAUUGAAGAGUACGCUACGUACACGUUCCACCAUGAAUUUGCACGAAUUACAAAGUUCUAAUAAUGGCGAUGAGUACAACAUUCAGACCAACCUCCCACACUCUUUUACCUUUACAUCAUUCCGUGACCCUAAUCUGCAUUUACCAGGAAACAAGAAAUUAUUCAAGAACGGCAAUACAUCAACACCAAGUUUAAAAUCUAUGUAA